AUGACGGCGCCUCGCCCUAUGCUGCAUUGUCUUUGUUGCCUCUUGGUUAUCGUGCAUCUGCCUUUCUCCUUUGGCCAUGGACUUGGAGACAAGGCGGCCUUCAAUGUAACACCCUCGUUGAUAUCCAAUAGUAACAGCAGCGUCCGACAGGAUGUCUGUGAACGUUAUGAAAAGUACCGUUUGGGAGAAAUAGAACUGAAGAACGCUCUGUCAGGACUGGCGCUAAGGCCUGUCUUUGUUGGCAAAGGCAAUCCUUACUUUCGCCACAACAUGGAGUCGGGUCUCCCAACCGAAAAUCCAGGACUUAUCGCAGAGUUAAUGGAUGCAGUGGCAGCACGAGCCAACUUUACAUGGCGGGAUUCUUUUGGUGUCACGGAAUGGCCUCAACAGUACAAUAUGACAUGGACCGAGUUGCUGGUCUGGAGCACCGAAAACUAUGACAUUGCCGCUGGCUCUUGGGAUCUCACUGUGGAACGAAUGGAAGAUGGGAUUUCCUAUGCCGAGCCAUGGUACGAUGGCAGUCUUAUUUUGAUUGAUCAAAGGCGGUCUCUACUGGAAGCCAAUGGCAUUGAUCUACUCAACUGGACCAAACCUUUUGAUCCAGCAGUGUGGGGAACGAUUAUUUUGACGGUGGUCUUUUCGGCCCUGGUCUACCAGCUAAUUGAGCACCUCCACGGAGAACGAGACGAUCGGUCUCUCUGGCAAUGGUUCUCAGACAACCUCUAUCUCAGUGCCAUCAACUUUUCUCAGAACUACGAGUAUGCUCCUAGCAGUUUUGCAGGAAGGAUAUUUGGAGUAAGCAUGACUAUUUGGGCACUCGUCAUCACAGCAACCUACACAGCAAAUCUUGCUUCCCUGUUUGUGGAACAACGAGUGGAACCAGUUUUGGUGGCUUCCAUGGAGGCAGCUGUUGUCUAUGGGUAUCCUGUUUGCACCUAUGAGGAUACCGCUGGAGAUUUUCAUAUUCAGAAAGCCUACCCAAAGGCGCUACGGGAACCCAGAGUGGACGAGAAGGCAACCUAUGAGUCAUUGAGAAAUGGGGAAUGUGCCUUGUCUGUUUCAAACAAAGAAACAUGGCUCAAUGUGCAGAAUGACAAGGAGUACAAUCCAGACUGCAACUUGGAAGUUGUGGGCGAUGUGGUCAAACCCUUGAAGUCUGCAUUUGCUGUCAAAGUUGAUUCAGGCCAUUUGUGCAGCAGCUUGGUCCGCCACGUUGUAAGCUUGCAUAUGGUAGAACUUGUGGAUGAAGGUGUCUUGGCAGAACUUUGGAGAAAACACAGAGAAUUGGCUGACAAUCAACACUGCAAUUACGUGGGCAACAGCAAAGCUCAACCAGAUCGGCGACUUCAGUCCCACAGGAAACAGCAGGACAAGACACAGAGUGGCCAGACUGUUACACCUAAGCAAAGGGUGCUUAAGGGUGGUGGCGCUUCAGCAGCUGGGGGAUCUGAUGGCGACAACAUUGAAGCUGCUACACUGACACUUCAGCAGAUGGCAGGGACAUUUAUUGUGCAUUGGGUUGCCAUGGCUGUUGCUGUGUUUGUUGGUUGCAUAACAGCGUACACACAGAAGCUGAAUUGCUGUUUAAGGGAAGGACAGAUAGUGGAAAAGGUGAACAGCAGGACACAUGGGCCAGUGAUUGGAUCUGCACCACGUGUCAAUACUUAUGUGGUCCGCCACCAAUCAGAAGGUUCAUUGGAUAAUUCAGGCGCUGGCAGCAGGCAGGAACGUGCACGGUUGGGGGACGAGGACAAGCGUGCAAAAAUGGUUGCAAAGCAAAAUGCUCUCGAGGCCAAAAUUGAUGAAGUUGAAGUUGUCCUAAAUGCAAAGAUGGAUACAAUUCUACGCCUGUUGCUGGGGCAACAAGAGCCAUAG